AUGCCGAGCAGCCCCACAAGCGACAAGCGGCUAAUCACCUGCAUACUACCUUCGGUCGCAAAGCAUGCAUCGAUCAAGAAAAGCAGUGCAGCUCCGAGCUUCACUUACGGAAGCCAGUCGGCGGUCACUGUUGUUCCGCACUCGGAAAGCCACGGUCUCGCGAACGAACGGCAGCGGAGCGAGCAGAAGGAGGAACAUUCCAGUAAGUUUUUUUUGUUUCAGGUUUCGCAUCUCUUGACCAUACUUCAUAUUGCCUUCCUGCCAUUGAUUUUCUGUAAAGGGUGUCUAGCUUUUUAUACUUACACGGUUGUGUGAGA